AUGAUUUUCUAUAACAUAUCCUUUUCUUUUCAGCUAACAUCGGAGGAGGCAAAUGAAACCCUGGAUUAUGUUCGUAGUAAAUAUGAAAUGGUGGAAAUGAAAAUUGUCGGAGAACCCAUAUCCAUUUACGGCUUGCGUCUGACACACGGCGAUGAUGAGGAAGAAAUCAACAUUCAUUUCAAAUACAUUGACAAUACCGUGUAUGACAUUAUUCAGCAUUGUGUGUUUGCCAUUUAUCAUCGCUCGAAUGAAUGUGAACUGAUCAGGACGAUUUGCAACACCUUCCUGCCGAUUACGCCACGUCCCCUAUUGGAGCGUACAGAUUUGCGGGUGUGUGACGAUGGCAACGAUGUACAACUUGUUGAAAAGGAAGACGUGGAAGAUGAUGCAGAAAACACGACAACAAUGACGGCCACAAUGAGUGACGGUGAUGGACAGGAAUCUCGUCAGAAGCAACAGUCAGCUCAAGGAGCCAAUGAUGAUGAUGAUGGCGAUGAUGCAGAUGGGGAUGAGGAAAAUUAA